UCUGAUCUGAGUUCAUACCAUCAAGCGCUAUAUUUGAAUGUUGCGUUACUGAGUAUUAGUGCAUUUUCUUAACAAGCUCGUUAUGUACUAUCGUUAUUUGCAAAAUAAUUUAAAUGGAUGGAACUAAAACCAUUAGGCGAAGAACGCAUGACUAUGAAUUCAACGAAAAUAGUCAGUUCAAACGAAAACGAAAACGAGAAACUGAAACAGAUAAUACAAACUCAGUGGAAAUUUUAGGUGAAUCUCAUGUAAUAUUCACAUCAAAAAAUACUGGAAAUAAUCAUUAUUGGAGUCAAGAUACUUCAAGACAUAAUACAAAAUGUUUUUUUCCAAAUGGAACUUAUGGUGAAUCAAGACUUGUUGAGAAUAUACAAAAUAAUAAUAAUAACAAUAGCAGUGGAAGACGUUUUUUGUCUAGUCCACAAAAUGGACACAGCAAAGAAAAGCUUCCUAAUUGCACUAUUGGACGUACAACAGCUGCUGAAAUCCAUUCUUCACUACCGCCACUGCCUCCUAGCUUGAGGGAAUCGGAACGCAUGUUGCAUGUUCAACGUUGGAUAAAUAGUAUCCCACCUGAUUUACCAUCCUGGAUACAAGUAUCACAUAAUAAAAUAAUCCCGGUUACUAAUCCACAUGAAUCUUAUGCUGAAGUAGAAGAUUCAAUCAUAUCUGAAAUUCCAGAUACAUCAGAUCUCGCUUCUAAUCAUGAUAUUUUAGACUGUAAUCCUGGUUGUAAUUUGAAUUCUGUCAAUCAAACUAUGGAUUAUUAUUCUAAACAACCAAACAAUCAUUCAUCUAAUCCUUCUACACAAAAAUCAUUAUCUAAAAUUCCUGGCGUUUCAGUUGCUCCUCCUUUACAACCACCUCCGUUUCCACCGUUACCACCACCGCCUAUGCCACCUCCGACACAUUCACAAUCAUCUCUUCCACUUCAAUUGCAUUCAUCUGUUCAACAUGGGCAUAGCAGUAAUAAUAAUAAUAAUAACACUUCUUUAGGUAUAAUUCCUUCAAAAUUUUCUACUAUACCAAGUGGUAGUACAGUUAACUCUCAUCAAAAUCUACUUACUCCUAUACAGUCAAAUCAGGAUAUGAACCUAUCGAAUCAUCCUCAUCAACAUCCACAUCAAUAUUGUAUGAAUAAUGAUCAUAAUCAAUUGAAUUAUUCAUCUAGAGAUACAUUACUAAGUCAUCAUAUUGAUGGUGAACCAAAUCAUACUAAUAAUAGUAUUCACAAUAGUCAAAGACAUCCUAUUGGCGAUUCCAUGAAUUCAGGUGGACGAUUAUUCAAUGAUAUGGAAAUUCAAAUGAUAGUUAAGCUGUUCCAAGAUUAUUUCACCAAAGGUAGUUGUCCAAUGCUUAAAGAAGUUCGACGUCGUAUUAUGAACAAUUUUCUAGAAUCUAGACGAACACCUGUAGGAAUACGUGCGAAAAUUAAACGUCUGCAAAAAAGUGGACAAUGGACAGAUUACAUUACUACCUGACAAGAAACAAUUUAUCAAAUCAAUCUUGUUCGUUUAUAUGCAUAUAUAUAUAUAUAUAUCCUCUGAAGUUUUGGUAUUUCAUUAUUACCUCAUCCAUCAGCUGCUUCUGAUUAUAUUAGUGAAUAAUAGUUAUAACAUAGAGGGAUGUAUAAUUACUUUUUUCUUUCCUAUAAUCUUAUAUGAUUGGGCUUCCUUCAACUGUCCUUCUCCUCUCUUCGAUUCACUUCAUUUUCAUCAAAAAGUCAUUUCCAUCCUAUUUUUUAUCACAACCAACUGACUAGUCACUUUAUACACCAUACAUGCAUAUAUUGUAUGAUAGUACAGUAACAAUCCGAUUAUGUAAAAUCAAACAAUACUCAUUUUCCAUACAAACAUACGCAAUCCGGUCAUUAAAUUUCUUUUCCUGGAUCGUAGUAGACUCGCCUUUAUGUUUGUGUUGUACAUACGCAUACUUACAUGUAUGUAUCCAUAUAUAUAUAUAUAUAUAUAUAUAUAUAUAUAUAUAUAUAUAUAUAUAUAUAUAUAUAUAUAUAUAUAUAUAUAUAAAACUGUAUACACAACUUAUGGGUAUCUACCUCGUUGUUUGUUUCAUUCAGAAAUUCUGUUGUACUCUGCUUGUUUCGUGUUUACUUUUUUUCACCAUAGAUACAGUCAUACUUGUUGGUUAUUUAUGUUCAUUGGAUUGUUUGCGUUGUCUUUUGUAAUCAAUUCGUUUAAAUUAUCAGUAAAGUAAUCAAUUAAAAACCUGCUUUUCAUUAGUUACACCAUAUUUCAUUUUCAAAUAUUUUUAUCGGUGUUUGGGGGUGUUUAGAUCUUUAAAAUGUUUCUAUUUUUCUUGUCAAACGUCUCUUACAACCGUAUUUCUGUUUUUUUUUAUAAAUAUUUUGCUUUUCACUUAUAAACUAAACAGUUUUUUUUCCUCAGUGAAUAUUUUUAUUGUUCGUUCUCACUUGUCCGUCCUUCUAGUCGUUACUAUGUUAUGAUCUCGCGUGAUGAUUACAUUAUUACUUUGUGAAUAUUGAACUAUGCACAGUGAGGUGACUGGAUUUAUAUAUAUUUCUAAGAAGUCAUUGAAUUAUUUCAUUCCAUUGGUUUUUCCUUACUUCCAUACUUUCACUUCAAUAAAUCAUGGUUGUCAAUCUAUGUCUACCUACUGAUUUUUGUGCUGAUCAGUUUAUUCGUUCAUCAUUUUUUCCCCACAAUCUGUAUUAGUUUUAUUUCUAAGACUUAUUGAGUUUGAUUGUUAUUAGUAGUAUUUUUUUCAAUAUUAUCAUUUAUAUGUAUUUUGUAUUGCAUUUCAUUGAUAAUCAGUUUUUUCCUAAUUACAUGUAUAGAGGUCCGGGCACCUGCUUCAUUGUUAGUAGUGUAAGUAGUAGUAGUAGUAGUGGUAGAGAUAUGUAUUCAUAUAAACUACUUUGUUACUUUCCAAAUCGUCUGUUAUUUAUUUUCUACGAAUAUGUCUUGUCUUCUUAGUGGUUUUACAUGUCCAAUUAUUGGUUAUUUCUUGCUUUUGUUUGUUUUUUUAAUCAUAAACCCGAUUAUAUCAAUCAACAUUUCUCUCUCCCUCUCAAUAUGGAAAUCCUUACUAUUCUCCAUCUACUGUACUCAUGAAGAUCCAUUCAAAAGUUGUUUGACUAUUGAUAAUGUUGAUCAUUUCUUGAAAAUUAACUAUUAUCCUUCUUUUUUUUUGAAAAAUAAAAUCAAAUGGUCAGUAAUAAUUUACUUCCUGCUUUAAACUGGAUAAUGCAUAUUGUCUUUUUGAUUAUGCUGAAUAAAAUAUUGAAUUAUCUGAAUGUAAAAAGUAGGGUAGGAAUGGGGAUAGGGUUAAUGGAAAAUUAUACAUUUCGUUAACCACAUAUACAAUAUACACAUAUUAUUGUAUAUUUUAUCCUCCCUUUUGCUAAUUCUUCUUCUUAUUAUUAUUUGUGAAGUGAAAUAGCUUAUUUGACGCAUACAUAUAUGUAUGUAUAUUGGCUUACUGAAUUGUUAAUAAUGUUUUAACUCUUUCUGUCUAUUAUUAUAUUCCAUAAUAUUUUCUAUAAUAAACAUUGUAUAUUAAAUGUAUUUUAUUAUAUUUCAUUAGUGUAUUAUAGCUUUUCAGUUGAUUGUUUAUCAUUUAUCCUCUCUCUCUCUCAGCUUUAUUCACUCUUGCGUACUUCUAUUAUUAUUAUUAUUAUUACUAUUAUUGUUUCCUACUGGAUUCUUGUGGAAUUUAUCUCUUACCUUUAUUACAUAGAUAUAAUAAUAUUAUUAUCAUCUUUUAACAUUUAUCUCACUUUUCAAAUAAUGUUUUUUUUCUUUUUUUGUUGUUGUUGCUGCCUCAAAAGUUGUUACUUCUUUCUAUAUUUACAAAAAUUAAAAAAAAAGAAUAAUAAAUGGAUACAUUAAAUAUAUCUACUUUUUAUUCUUUCUCUAUAUCUUUUUUUUUUAAAAUUUCUUUCUUUCUCUCCCAUACUCUUUUGAGUUCGUUCUGUUUCUUAAUUUCUACUGAUAGAUAAUUAAAAUUAUAAAUAAAAUGGAAAUGUUAUCUUUGUAUGUUGAAAUUGUUAGUGAAAGUUAUUUUUAUUUAGGUGUGAUUUUAUGUGAAUGUAAAAUGUUAAUUAAGUUUUCAAAAGACUUCAUUCGAUAGCCUUAUUUCAGAUCACUGCUUCGAUGAUAUCUCUCUAACAGUCCAUGAAUAUCUAUCUUUAUAGGCGCGAAGAUAUGCAGCUAUAAAGUAUUACACAGCUGACUGAAGCAAAUUUAUACUUCUAUGGACAUGUUAACAUUCUGUCUACGCCAUAUAUGUUAAAAAUAAGCUAAAAUUAAAUGGGGAGUUUUUAUGUACAAUGAUUUUCUGAUUAGACUUCUAAUAUAAUCACUAACCGACAUAAAGUUCGCUUAUUUAUUCAUUAUAUUACUUACUUACUUACGCCUGUUACUCCUAAUGGAGCAUAGGCUGCCGAUCAGCAUUAUCCAACCCACUCUGUCCUGGGCCUUCCAUUCUAGUUCCAUCCAAUUCUUGUCCAUUUUUCUCAUGUAUAUCUCCAUUUCCCAGUGUAUUGUGUUCUUUGGUCUUCCUCUUUUCCUUUGGCCUUGAGGAUUCCAUGUGAGAGCUUGUAUUGUGACGCAGUUGGGUGCUUUCUUCAAUGUGUGUUCUAUCCACUUCCAGCGCUUCUUCCUGAUUUCUUCCUCCGCUGGGAUCUGGUUUGUUUCUUCGCACAGUAGGUCGUUGCUAAUAGUCAUGACUGUUAAUAAACACCUCUAUCUUCUGAAUGGUGGCUUUCGUAGUUCUCCAGGUUUCCGCCCCAUACAGUAGAACUGUCUUGACAUUUGUGUUGUAAAUCCUGACCUUGAUGUUGGUUGACAGUUCUUUUGAGUUCCAGAUGUCCUUCAGUUGUAAAUAUACUGCUCUCGUUUUACCGAUCCGUGCUUUCACAUCUGCAUCAAGUCCACCGUGUUCAUCAAUGAUGAUCCCCAGUGGUCUACAGGUUAAGCGUUCGCGCGCGAGACUGAAGGCCAUGAGUUCUAAUCCCGCGAGCGGGACCGUGGAUGUGCACCGCUUAGGAGUCCCACUAUUGGACAAAACGGGCCUCCAGUGCUCACAGGCUUUUAAUGGUGGUCUAACAUCAAUCAGUUCAUGAUCUCAAUCACUUGGUAUUGUUUACUUGAAUCUAUUCAUUAUAUUACCAGUUUCUUAAUUCUACACGAAGUGUUAAUGAUAUUAUUCCAAACAAAGAUUAAGAAUUUACAAUUAAAAUACAGAGCUCAUAGAAGAUACAAUCUAACCAAAAGGAUCUAUCUUAAGUAUGAAUUUCCACUAUCAUUUUAAAUUUCUGUAGUCACAGUCCUACUCCAUUUGUAUUAAAAACUAGAUGAAAUGAGGGUAAAGAAAAUAACUUUAAUACUAAUUUUUAUCAUUGUUAGAAUGGAUUUGAAUUAUUCCGUUGUUAAUAAUCCUAACUGGAUUUUAAUAUAUAUAUAUAUGUAUGACAGCAUUAUAACCAUUGCACAAGUGAGUGGCUAUCUGAGCUCAGUAGUUCAUUAGUAAAUGCAUCAGCUUUCGAAGCGAAUUGUUCGAAUAUAAGCUUAAUCAUUAUCUAACUGAUCUAUAGCCAAUAGAAAGAAAUCGUACAUUUUAAAUCCUAAUGCUAGCUGAUAAUCCAUUUUUCCCAUGAAAAUUUAAUAUUAACUCUUGUAUUUUUUUAGAAAAUUCUUAGUAUCAUAUAUUUAUUGCAUAACCAUUGACAAGAUUAAAUUAUGAUUAUUACUAUUUCUGUAUGACAAGAAAAAACUUUAUGAAUCACUACAUUUCCUACUCAAUUAUUCAGUGAAGAUCAUCAACAAUAUAAAACUCAAGAAGUCCCGCGGUCAAUUUCAAACUAGAAGGAAAAAAUCCUUUGCUUUGUGACACGAUUUUUCUUGUUGACGAACAUAAUUCAUAAUAAAAAGUCAUUGUGAGAGUCAUCGACUUAUAGUGAUUUUUGUGUAAAGUAUUACUUCAUAUUUAAUCGUAUAUCCAAUUCUGACUAGUGUUGGAGACGGAUGGAAGAAAGUUAGAGACGACAAAACCGAAAAUUGGCAUCAGUCCAUAAAGUCACUAACUUUUAGUCUGAGCCAUGUUAGUAGAUACAGAUUACUUGAUUGGGGUACGCAUGACUAUCGUAUCCAAUGGUUAGAGACUCGGACUGACAUGGCUCAGAAUUGACCACAAUAGCAUAGGUGUACACACUUUAUAUCUUCCCUCAAACUGUGAGAUUAAAUUUACCUUAUAUCUUUCAACGCGCUAUUUCUUUCUUUCUAUAUCAUAUCCUUAUAUCCAAUCCUUUUUGUUUUAUAUAUUACUACCAUUGAAGUAAUUACUUCUAUGAAUUUGAUGUUCAUCUUAUUGUACUAAUGAAGUAUGACAACUUGGACCGAUGUAUAUAUGUUCUUGCUCCUACGUUAUAGACGACUGACUUACCAAUUUUUUUAAAAAUCAAUUGUCACUUUUAUUUAUCAACAACUCGAUAUAUUUGAGUAUUUUCAUAAAUAUUAUAAAUAAUCUGUUCAUUGUUUGCUUGAGUGUUUUUUCAGACCAUUAAUUAAACUGUCUUUUUCUCACCAGUUAAAUACUUUAACAGUAGAUAAAAUUAAGUAAAUAAUUCAUUGUGAUGAUGAUGGUCCCCCCCCCACACACACAAAUGACUAUGUUCAUUAUUUGUUGGAUCGAUUGACACUGUGUUUUAUUUUUCAAUCUUCCGACCAUUAAUUAAUUUUUUUUCUUUCUAUUUUUGUUGAUAUGCUGUUUUUGUUUUAUGUAAUUAUUGAAUUGAUAGUAGUAAACGGUUGCAGGAUAGAAGAAAUAUUAUUAGAAUCUAUUCGUUACAUUAUACUUUUAAUCAUAAUUAUUUAUAAUAGUGUUAAUUUCUAUGUAUCAUUAGUUAAAUGAUAGUCAUCAAAAUUAUUUGGCUGUAGAAUGUUGGGAAAUAUUCUAAUAUAGGACUAUUUUGUAUAAAUGUAGUAUUUAAUAUGAAAUAGGAAAAAGCAAUGGUACGUAAGUUGUUGACUGUUGAUUCUAUUUUAUUUUUUCUAAAAAUGUAUCGUAAAGUUUAGGAUUGAAAUAGUUUGAUAAGAGAUUGGUUCAAUUUAGUCGAUACUCAUCUUAAAGUGUUAUUAUCAGAAUGGGUCUUGUGGAGAGUUUUAGAA